AAUUUUUCAAAUUUUCUGUCAAAUUUACUAAUAUAUGUAUUAUCUCAUAAAUUUUGAUCAAAUUUCUGUAAAAUUUUCUGUCAAAUUCUGUCAAAUUCUCUUAAUUUCUGUCAAAUUUUCCCUCUUUAAGUUACUAAUAUAUGGAUUAUCUCAUAAAUACUAAUUUGAUCAAAUUAAUUAUUCCCGUAACUUAUGUACAGGAGGAUGAAAUUAUAGUUGAAUUGGUGGAUAAGUUAUGUAACUUUAUCAAUAUUCUGUACUGUAUUCUCCUUGUCUUGUUAUAAGCAAAUAACCAUUUGAUUUCUACACAUGAAAUAUUGCAAUCAAAGGAAAAUUUUGCUACUGACACUAUGUACAGGAUUUGGAACUUCUUUAUUUGUGGUUGGAUUGGUUAUUUGAUUUGGAAAUUGCCUCUAUUUUGUCACCAGUUCAGUAUUCUAUGCAAACUUUCCCAUCUCACCUCUCCUCCCCUUGAGCCAGUAGCCCAGUCAUUGCUACUUGUAGCAAAUGCUUUGCUUUUAAUUUAUAUUGUUUUGUUAUUGUGAAGUUUCUGUGUUUCAUCCAUUCCUAUGGGUGUUGGUGUCCUAUAUUUAUCUAAAAGCUGUAUUUUCUGUUGGCAUUAGCUCACUAGAACAUAUAUCUAAAAGCUGUAUUUUAUUCCAUUUCAUUACUUUUUUAAAUUCUUUUAUCUGUGUUAGGGAAUUGAUGGUUUAAUAUUUUUGAUAUGCAAAUGAUUUCCUCUUCCUAGGUGGCAUAAUCACCUUAAUCCAAAUAUCAGCAAGGAGGCCUGGACGCAAGAAGCGGAAUUGACUUUGAUUAGCGCCCAUCAAAUUUAUGGGAACAAGUGGGCAGAGUUGACAAAAUUUUUGCCUGGGAGCCUCCUGUGUAGGAAGAUGGACGAGAAGAAAGAAUUUGUUGAUUUAUCUUCUAUGAUGCUCUUUGAGGCCACAGGUGAUUCAGAGGCCAUUUCUGAGCUAAAUAUAGCUGCAGUGGAUGCAGAGCUGAUGGGUGCAGCAGAAGAUGAUGCACUCUCAUGCAGCUGUGAUGACUUGAUGGACUGUGAGCUUGGCAAGUUUGAUGGCCUAGGGCAUACCCAUGCUGAAGUUUAUCGUGUUGCUGAUCAUGGUGAUGAAGAGAAGGAAGAUAUUGAUCAAGAUUGGACUGAUGGUAGUGAUGAUGAAGUGGUGAUCACUAAGCUACUUGAGAAAUAAGAGUUCUGAUCACUAAGCUAAUCCAGUGAUUUUAGAAUGUCUUCUUGUUCUUGUUUUCGUUGUGGUUGUUGUUGUUUUUUUUUUUUUUCAAAGCAUGUUGUGUAUGAAAAGUGUGAAUCAAGUCCACUUUUUGGCCAUCCUAUUUCCAGCUGCUUUAUUCUUAAUUUUUUCAAUUGUGAAUAUAUGACUUUGUAAGUUAUAUGUUCUU